GUUCGCACCCAACCAAACUUUGCCCUAAAGCCCCUGCUGCCCGCCCCACCUCCGCCAUGGCCACCGGACUGGCGCGGGCGCUGACCGAGCAGAGACCGCGGCUGGAGACCGCGCUCUCAGGGAUACCGCGGCCGCCGGAGCGGAAGCUCGGGGAGUUCCUCCCGGUGGCCGAGCCGAAGAACCAAUGGAAGAAGGACGCCUGGGCCACGGUGGUCUUGCAGGUCUUCUGGUGGCCCCAUGACCUCGGCGGCCAAGACGUCUUCGACCAGAAGAAGGUGGUGCUGCUUGGGGAGGCCAUUUGCCCUCCGCUGUCAACUCUGGGUCCCCGGUUCCGUGCGCAUCGACUGCCGCUCUACCAGCGGAAUCGGCAAAGUCCCAUUGGCACUAUGGCGUUUGAAACCUUCCAGAAGAGCCUGGAUCAGUACGUGGAAGGGCUCAGAGAAAGCUUUGGGUUGGAACGCCUUGCAGAGUUGGAGGCCAAGAACAUGGCCAAAGAGAAGCGACAGGAGGACUUGUAUGCCUUGGAGUGUGACUUGAUGAAUGCAUUUCCCGAGUCCUUUGCCAAACUGAUGGCCGAACGUCCGCCUCCACCACCUCCGAAGCCUCCAGGCCAGAAGAUGCGCCCAAGGCCGCCUGGCCAGGGGCAGCGGCCAGUGGCGAUUCCCACUGGAGCGGCAGGGGAGUUUCAGGACCUGCCAGGUGCCUACAGGGGCCCUUGUUGCUUGGAUAUCGACCUGGCCUUCAUUGGCCCUGCGGAUCCGAAGCAUGGGCUUCAAGCGGGUCAUGAUGGAACCCUGGCCUUUGAGCUGCGGACGCUGCGGGCUCCGCCCUUGGAUCAUGGAUAUGUCAGGGUGCGAGUGUGUGAGGCCGCUUUGGAGGACCCUGUGGCGAGCUACAACGGAAGUGGAUCCUCAGAUUCAACGCAGAAUGGGCAAGUUUUAGAGCAAAACUUGCUCGAAAAUCUGGCCAUGGGAGCACCAUCCAUCUCUCAGACUCGUGCACUGUGGUCUUCACCAAUGGUGGUGCUGGGGUCCUGGGCAGGAUCUGGUUGUGCCCCACCUUGCACUGCUGCAUGGACUGCCAGAAAGGCUUCCGCAUCUCUUUGGAUUGCCACCAGGGAAGAGGUCUUGCGAGCUUCCAAGCAUGACAUGCUUCCACGAACAGCUCAGGAAGAGAUGACAUUCCGGAGAUGUAAACACUUCUCAAUCCCUGUGACGAAUGAAUGGUCUCCAAUUACACUGGUCCCCGCUGAUCCAUUGCCACGCUCAAGGGAGCUCUUCGAUGAAAUGGUAAUGUCAAAUGCUGCAGGCACCUUGCUAAGCAAGAUUCACUAGGCUUGCACAGCAUUUUAGGAUUUGACAGACUCAACUCGACUGAAGGCUGAAGGUCCAGGCUACAUCAUAAACUGCAGCAAUCCGAUUCAAGCUGAGUUUAGUGACAUAAUGUCCUCACGGGCAGUGCUGCCUGAUCGGAUGCAAGGAAAGUUGCCCAUUUGUCAGCCUGUUCAUCGUUUAUAUCUUCCUUUAACAUCCGUUGACAAGGCCCACAGAUUCUAGGAUUCUGGGAGAUGGUCUACUGGUGCCUGCCGAAUGGCAUGCCAGCGUAGAACCGCCAAGCCUGAGUGUCUAUUAGUUUUGGGACGAAGAAUGAUUUACACCUUUAGC